AUGGAUACUGAAUAAAUAAUAAUUUCAUGUGCAAAAAUAAACGAUAAACAUAAAUAAGAAUUUCCAGAUUUAGAAUAAGCAUUUUCAUUUUCUAAUUUUUAAAAAUAUAUUUUAAAUUCAUUAGAUAAUAUAGACGAAUUAUUAGAUAUUCUAAAAAAUAUUUAAUUGGAAAAUCUCUAAAUAAGAUUUAAUGUUUGGAGGAUUCUUUUAGGGAUAUUUUAAUCAGAAUAAUCAUAAGAUGAAAAACUUGACUAAUUAAAAAAACAUAGAUAGGAAUAUAAAUAAUUAUGGGAAUCAUAUAAUAAGCAAAUAUUAAAAUAAGAAAAUAAGCCUAAACAAGUAUUUAAUCCAUUAGCAAAAAACAUAUAAAAUACAGUAAGACCUGGAUAUUUUGAGGAUAAUGAAUUAAAAAGUGAAAUAAAAAAAGAUGUCGAUAGGACUUAUUAAGAUAAACCAUUUUUUAAUAAUUUAAAUAUAAAACAAAUUAUGUCGAAUAUCCUUUUUGUUUAUAGUAAAAAAAAUAAUGAUGUUUCUUAUAGAUAAGGUAUGAAUGAAUUAAUAGCAAGUUUUCUAGUAAUUUAUUUUUCUGAAAGUUUAUAUAUAAAAAAUAACUAAUAUGAAGAUAGUAAAAUAUAUGAAAUUGCAUAAAGUUUUAUUAAUCCGGAUUUCGCAGAGGCAGACGUUUAUCAAAUAUUCAACAAAAUGAUGGAAGCAGGUCAUUUAGAAAUGUUUAGGCCUUAUUUAUGUGAAAAUGCAAAAAAAAAAUCAGAUUAUAAUAUAAGUUCUAAAAAAUAAUAAGCAAUUUUAAUAAGAAUAGGAAAAAUAUAAAAUCAUUAUUUGAAAAUUAUAGAUAUAGAAUUAUUUAAACAUAUAAAAUUAUUAAAUGUAGAAAUGUAAAUUUUUCUUUUAAGAUGGAUAAGAUGUGUACAUACUAGAGAAUAUCAUUUAAGUGACUCGUUUUUAAUAUGGGAUAGUAUUUUUUUUGAAUAUUUUUAAAAUAAAAGUAUUGAAAAUAAUUUUUUUUUAAUUGAUUGUAUAUGUUUAGCUAUGAUUUAAUUUGUUAGAUAAUAAAUUUUGGAAAAAGAAGAAUCUUCGGAUUGUUUAUAAAGAUUUUUAAAAUUUCCACCAGUCGAAAAUAUUAAAUCUAUCAUUGAAUAAUCUUUUUAAAUUAAGGCAAAUAAUGAAAUAAUAAACAUUUUAUAAGAAUUUGAAUUUAUUUAGCAAUAAUGA